AGCAGUAGUGUGAGGAAGCUUGAAGUGGGAUGGCAGGACGGCCUCAUCCUUAUGACAGUAACUCCAGUGAUCCAGAGAAUUGGGAUCGGAAAUUGCAUAGUAGACCUCGUAAACUUUAUAAACAUUCAAGUGCUCCCUCACGUGUUGCUAAAGGAGUUGUUGAGCACACCAAAAUGAGUCUACAUGGUGCUAGUGGGGGACAUGAGAGAUCAAGAGAUAGACGAAGGUCAAGUGACCGAUCUCGAGAUUCAUCUCACGAAAGAACAGAAUCUCAGCUCACUCCUUGUAUUAGAAAUGUUACUUCUCCAACACGACAGCACCAUGUUGAACGUGAAAAAGAUCACAGCUCCUCUCGUCCAAGCAGUCCUCGUCCUCAAAAAGCAUCUCCAAGUGGUUCCAAUAGCAGUGCUGGGAACAGCAGCAGAAACAGUAGUCAGUCAAGUUCAGAUGGUAGCUGUAAGACAUCUGGGGAAAUGGUGUUUGUGUAUGAAAACGCAAAAGAAGGAGCUCGGAAUGUAAGAACGUCAGAACGAGUGACGCUAAUAGUGGAUAACACUAGAUUUGUUGUAGACCCAUCCAUUUUUACUGCACAGCCAAAUACAAUGUUGGGCAGGAUGUUUGGAUCUGGCAGAGAACAUAACUUUACACGUCCCAAUGAGAAGGGAGAGUAUGAGGUGGCAGAGGGGAUUGGCUCUACUGUGUUUAGAGCUAUUCUGGAUUACUAUAAAACAGGAAUAAUCCGUUGUCCUGAUGGCAUAUCUAUUCCUGAACUGAGAGAAGCAUGCGACUAUCUUUGUAUCUCUUUUGAAUAUAGUACUAUUAAAUGUAGAGAUCUCAGUGCCCUAAUGCAUGAGUUGUCAAAUGACGGUGCUCGUAGACAGUUCGAAUUUUACCUGGAAGAAAUGAUUCUUCCUCUCAUGGUAGCUAGUGCCCAGAGUGGGGAACGCGAAUGCCACAUAGUGGUGCUUACAGACGAUGAUGUGGUUGAUUGGGAUGAAGAAUAUCCACCACAGAUGGGAGAAGAAUAUUCACAAAUUAUAUAUAGCACAAAAUUAUAUAGAUUUUUCAAGUACAUUGAAAAUAGAGAUGUGGCCAAAUCAGUUUUGAAGGAGAGGGGUCUUAAGAAGAUUAGAUUGGGAAUAGAAGGUUAUCCAACCUACAAAGAAAAAGUAAAGAAAAGGCCUGGGGGCCGCCCAGAAGUGAUUUACAACUAUGUCCAAAGACCCUUUAUUCGAAUGUCUUGGGAGAAGGAAGAAGGAAAGAGUCGGCAUGUAGACUUUCAGUGUGUAAAGAGUAAAUCUAUCACCAACCUUGCAGCAGCUGCCGCAGACAUUCCCCAGGACCAGCUGGUAGUCAUGCACCCAACUCCUCAAGUGGAUGAGCUGGAUAUUCUCCCUAUCCAUCCCCCUUCUAGCAACAAUGACCUCGAUCCGGACGCACAGAAUCCCAUGCUGUGAUGGUGAUGUUGCUUGAAACCAUAGCAUGCUACUCUUCGCAGUGACGCUGCUCUCUCCUCAUCCUGCACUGCAAGGCCACUCUCUGCAUUGUGAGAUGCACAGAUGUUCAGGAUAUUGCAGUGUAGAUUUUUUUAAAGACCAAAGGUAGCUGAAUGGUUUUUUAAAUGAGUACAACCCUAGCAUCUUGAGGUUCCAGUAUAUAAAUGUAUUUGUUUACCGGUAGGUUUGUGAAAUUGGUUCUUUGUAUGGGGGGGACAGUCCUUUUUCACACAUCUAGAUCUUUUCAGAAGUGGCGGAAAUUGGCAGCUGGGGUACUUUCAGUCUAGGUUGAUAUUCAUCACACCCCAGAUAAAAUGUAGAAUAUUAUAUAGUUGCACUUUAUAUAUGGUGGUUAAGUGGAACUGUUCAAGCCAUUUUUAUAGUUGUGAUGCACAAUAUAAUUUAAAUAAGUGCUUCUAUCAAAGUAUUCCUUCAGUGAAAUGUGUAUAGUUUGCUGCCCACGAUGAGCAAAAAAACGAGUAUCAUUGGGCUAUUUGAAUGACUAGGAUGAGAUUCGAUGCCCAUAUCUUAUCAGUUAUUUCCAGUGCCGUUUUCAUCCUUUUCAAGUGAGUCACAUGCAGGGAGUGUGAACUUCAGGUGGUUUAUUAUCCAGUCUGCCUUACCCUUAAUCUGUUCAGAUAUUUAUUUACUAAUGAUUUUUUUCGAGUUAUGGGAUAGGAAGAUGAAGUGUUUGCUCUUCAUUUAUUAAAUGAUUGUAAACUCGUUUUUCAUCAAAAUAAAAUUCCACUGUUUUAAUGUUUCUGAUCUUUA